CCUCUUCAACAGCCGGCUCUGCCUCCUAGUUGAGCAAUUCCUACCGAGUAUUUCAGUGUCUGGCCAAGUUCCUCUUAGUGGAAGUGUAGCACAGUGUAGUCUCUUGUCUCUGAAUAACGACAAAGUAAAGACCAACUUUAUACUUUCAAGUGCAAUCAACGCAGCUGGAGGUUUUAAAACUGCACUUAGACAUGGCCUACGUUUUGUAUGAGUACAUAGUAGGAUAUUAAUAGCCUACAUUGUGCUCUGGUCUUUUAGGAUAACGGAAUGCAUCCGCGUCGAGUCCUGUGUAUUCUUGUCCUGAUCAUCAAUACAGGCCGACAUGCGCAGACAUGCACCGUUUCCCCCACAGAUCAAUACUUUGAGAUGGGAUCGGAUAUUGAGAUGAUUUGCCAGAGUUCCUGCAGCCCCGGCAAAAUCUACUGGAAGCUGAACAAUGUUCGCGUUGAUGACAGCCUUUCAAAGACCUUCAACACCUCACAUACAAUCCUGCAACUGAAAAAUUUCUCUCAGCCCAGUGCUACAUUGCAGUGUAUUAGUUAUAGUACUAAUCAAAUCCUCGGAGGGACUACCAUCAAAACAUACUCAAAACCCAGUAAGAUAUCAUGCAUCUUGGAAGCUAUUGAUUCAUGGUAUCUACCAGAAGAGUUCAUUUGUAGCUGGGAACAUCCGAUGAAUUCCUCACUGAAAAUAAAUUACACCGUAAGCUCUCAAUGUCUCUCUUGUGUAGACAAAAACAAAAAAAUCUGCAACACAACCCUGACCUCAUGCAAAUUCAAUACCACUUCUUUACCAAAAAUCGGCCAUGAUACCUUUGUCACCGUGACAGCGGAAACUGCUGCUUGGGAGGCUCACUCAGACAUUUAUACAUUUCACUAUUAUCAAAUAUUGAAAAUGAAACCUCCAGAUAUAUCAGUAAAGGCACGCUUUACUGGUAAAAACCAUUUACUGGUAAAACUGGACCGAAAAGAUUAUGGCAAACGUCAUGUCAUUCAUUAUCAAGUCAAAUACAGCAAGGCUCAUAAUGGAACAAAAAAGCAGGUGAUUAAUGAGUCUAUUAAUCUCAAGGAAGAGACAGGAAACGUGACAAUCAAUGUAGAAUCCUGCAUUGACUAUACAGUGUCAGCACGCUGGGCUUUAGAAAAGGCCCCGUGGAGCAACUGGAGCGAGAACAAGAUUGUCCGGUCCAAGCUGAACAAGAGUGCCAUCAAAUUGGGCCUGUGGAGGAAGGUUGAUGAACCAGAGAUCAAUGGCAUUAGAAAAGUUCAUGCCAUGUGGACGGAGAUUCCACCAACAUGUGAAGGUGAAUUUCACUACACCCUUCACUCCACUCCCAUGGAUGAGAUGAAUUACACAGCAGCUUCUUGUGGCCCUUCAACUUGUGACACUGAUGUGAACCACAAUGCACACAGAAUCACUCUUACAGUCUUCCACAACGGAAACCUGCUGGCAAAUGAAUCCACUUACAUUCCAGCCAUUGGAGAAAGCCUCCCUCAGGUUGACAAGCUCCAUACCUCAACUCAUGAGGGCUAUAUCCUGGUUAGCUGGAAGGCUCCUAGUCAACCUGUCAGUGGCUACAUGAUCGACUGGACCCACAAUGGGAGCCAAUACUUCUGGAAGGAGAGCAAAUAUACUAACACAACCAUAUCCAAGCUAAUGGAUUUUACACCAUACAACAUUACAGUAACCCCACUCCUUGAUCACAAGACAGGGCUUGAAACACAAGCCUCUCAGAUCUGCUCCAAGCGAAAGGCUCCAGAAACCAUCACCUUCACUAACGUCGUAGCUAAGGACAAAAGUGCCCUUGUGAGCUGGACUAUGGAGCCAGAGCAGUGCAGUGAUGUAGUUGUCAACUUCACAGUCUUCUACAGGGCAGAUAAAGGACCACUGCUCAAUGCAACUGUUGACGGCACAAUACAAGAAGUCUUGUUGGAAGAUCUGGAACCAGAUACCCAAUAUGUCGUCUAUGUCACCGCCAUAGCUAUAACCGGGAAUACAAGUAGCUCUGAAAGAUAUUUUGAAACCAAAAAAUAUGAUCCCAGCCUCAUCGCAGCACUCAGUAUCUAUGGAAGCGUCGCUAUCUUUCUUGUGCUGUCUUUUGGAUUAUGCUGUGCUUUUCUGUGGAAGAAAUUCAGGGAUAAGAUGGUGCCCAAUCCUGGUCUCAGUUCUUUGGCAUUGUGGCUGUCCCAGAGCCAUCAAAAGAUUUUGCAACCAUUCAGCACUCCAUAUGAAAGCCACACCAUCAUUGAAACUGUUUACCCUUGUGAGCCGGACAGGACAACAACUGGCACUGGUGCACAAGCCACGGCCUUCAAUGAUAAUCUAAAUUCUAACCUGAUCAGUGAUCAAGCAGAGGAAAAGACUGACCUGGCCAGCUUUCCUACUCCAGUGUCCCAGGAGGAAAGGCCGGUCAAAAUGGUGGAGAGACCAUCCCCUCAAGAAAGCAUAGCCCUCCUGGCUUCAGAGAGCGGCCCUCGCAGCCCCUAUCGAAGCCAAAGCUCUGCGGAGAAUUCUGAACUCAACAGCCCUGAACAAUGCACACACCUGCUGGGACUGAAACAGCAGAUUAAGACUGCACCGGUAACUAUGUAUGUCUCUAUGGACAUGUUUGAACAGGGACAGGACAAAUGAACAACGUGGAAAAUAAGAGUAACCCUCCAACAACUGGAUGUGCCAGUCAGCUUUUAAGUUAAUCUGAAUAAUGUAGCAGUGGCUGAACAUUUCUCUAGUUAUGUUAGUGUAGCAUUAUCCUGAGGUGAGAGAUGGUUAUUGAAGAUGUGAUCAAGACAUCCCCAAUAACUUUGCUUCCAACAUUACCCCUUGCACAAGCUAAGUGACACAAUUAUCUAAGGUGUUUAUAUGACAGAGGUUGCACCCAACAAUUAAGAAAGGUGACAUUUUUGUGCGUGGUAAUGUCACAUUCAGCCUUUUAAUAACUAAAAUAAUGGAAGAGUCCAUUGCAUUUUCAUAUCAGCAAAUGUCAAUUUGACUAUUUUCUGCUGCUGAUUGAUAUAACAAAAUAGUGAUUAAACAAUUACCCUGUUCGUUAAAGCUUUUGAACACCGCUGUUCCACUUUAAAACCCAACACUUUUAUUAUACAGCAUAUCAUACAUCACUUGUCAGCUACUUGUCAUGUCAGAUUGACAUGACAGAUCCAUAGACCACUGUAUUCAUUUAGCAACACCUUUUGUUUUUAUUUCAUUCCAAUAAAAGAAUUGGUGAAUUUCUUUCUUAAUUAAGCACUGAUAACACCAUUGUUUCCGACACUGGUAACAUCCCUAUGACUGAUAUUUGUCCUAUGCAGGAUUCAAGUUUUUAAUGGCAUGUAAGUACACUGGCUGUGUUUUUAUGCUUUUGACAAUAAACUAAUGAAC